AUGGGCGUCCCGCAGUGUCCGACUGGAGUCCUCUUCACGAGGCAAACCGGUGAGUGUGUCUCGGGCCAGUUCAAGGAUUCGACCGGGAAUGCCUUUUCAAGCCUCAUGGUCCGCCCCAUUGCGAACUCGUCCAACUACGCGCUGGACUUCUACGGCGGCGGCGAGUGCCUCAAUCUCCUACAGACCAACGGACCCACACCACUACCACAGGACCAUGAUGAGGCGGACGUGACCGAGGCCGGGCAAGACGCACACGGAUGGGGCUGGGCCGACUGCGAGGGCGCCCAGGACGGCGGGUGGCAGGCGGUGAUGGAGAUCAUCAUCGGCCGACCCGACCCAGAACUCGUCGGGCGCGCAGCUCACCACUGGGUCCAGUAG